AGCCAUACGUUAAUUUUGAAAAACGUUUUGAGAACCUGGUUACAUCAAGACAAUGACCACAGAAUUGAUGACUUUCUGUCUUCUCAAUAGUUGAUCGCUUGGCAUAGUAUUAAUCGUAUAAUGAGAAAUCAUGCGUUGAUAACAUUCGUGAAUUAAAUUAGACUCGGCUGAAUAAAUAGCACACGUUAAACCCAGUUUUCGAACCGGCAGGCGAUCUGAUCGAGAGGCGCUCUCCACAAUCGCAUCUCGUCUUGGACAGGCAAAGAAAAUGAAGGUUAUCAUUGCAACUUUGCUUUUCAUCUCGGCAGCUGAAGCAAUUCGGAACCUGGUUGGCCUUCCAGAGGAGAGGUCUAGUAGAUUGCAUCAAUUAUUGAAAGAUGGACCAAUCGAUCCCAAACAACUCACGAAUCCAUAUAACUCAAAGGAAACAACAGCUCGCGUUGCUGCACUUUUUACGAAAGGACCGCUGAAUGACCACGGAUCGGGCUCAGGGGAACCCGGACCCGGACCCGCAAAGGGACCCGAUCCUUUGAAGACACUUGCAGAAUCGAUACUCCACAUAGGAUCAGCUUUGAAGGAAGUGAAAGAGGAAAGGGACCAAAAAAGCAAAGCAAAAGCGUGGGGCUUGUUAUAUGCUGUGAAAUACAAAGAUACAGACGAGGUGAAGAAAUUGUUGGGAAAACACGUCAUUGAACUACACCAGCAUUGUGAUAGCGUCAAAUGGAAAUAUGCCAAUUAUGUCCAUCAAUCAGUUUUGUAUGAAUUGCUGAAAGGGAAAGACGACAUCUUCGACUUCGCGCAAGAUUUGCAUGAGGCUUUCAAAUACGCCUCAAUGUCCAGUGAAGUUGACGUUUUCGAAGCAUUUACUUACGUGGUUGAGAAGCAUGAUCUCAGAGACCAUCCUGGAAUAAAGGCAAUCAUUAUGAUUGGAGGACUGAUCGCUGAUGCCGCCUGCGAUGAAAAAUUAGAUGGUUUGUUCAAGAUUCUUGGUGAAUUAGUGGAAUACGUAGAUCCACUUGGCGUAUAUGAUCUGAAAGACAGAUUCAAUCUGGCCAUUUACUCAAAGAAAAGCCCGGUUUGCAGACCUGGUUACGCCCGACACCACCACGCCGAACACGGGCCAAAGAUUAGCAUCAGAGAUAAAGUUCUUGACCUGAUCAACAGACCUGACUGCAAAGAAGUAAACUUUAUGAGGUACAUUGUGGACACAGUCGUGGAGGGUUGCGAGGUUGCUCGUAAGUUUGCAUGGUUGCAUGCGAUUGCCAAAGGACACGAGAACGCGGUGAUCAAGCACGUGACAUAUUUCAUGCAACAUGACCACGAGGAACUGGCAUACAGAGUUUUGGGCGAGUAUGUGCUUGCUAACGUGAGAGGGGCCUUAACGGUCGGUCUUGCUGUGGAGAAGCAUUUUGCACCUGAGCCAAGUGGCUCCAAGCCGACUGCUACAGCACCAGAGUUGACUACUGAAGCAGAAGCAGGGUCCACUACUGAAGUACCCGAAGAAUGGACUACUGAGGCACCCGAAGAAUCGAGUGGAGAGGCAGGAUCGACUACUGAAGCAUCAGUAGAAGAGAAAAGAGAACUGCGUCACCAGAAUCGACGAGUUGACCAGAUGUAACUACUACAGCACCCUGAAAACAGCCGCAUUGGAGGGAGGAGGACCUCAUUGUCAGCACUCCUCGGCUUGGAGGAGCACAGAACACUCAAGCAUAAUGACUCAAGCAUGAUCAUUUGGUUAAAAAAAAAAUUGUCUGGAAGAAUAAAAACAGCACUUAAAUCCACUGUAGUUGAUCCUGUUUUUGAAUACACGUACAAUAAAUCGAAUUACAAAAAA